UGGAGGAGGAGGCGGCGCCCUCGUAGUAAACACACGGGGGCGGCCAGAGCGAAGGUGGAGGCGGCUGUUGGUGGUCAGCGGGCGCGGCGCAGUAGUUAAUUACCACACUUUUGUUGCUGGGGGGAGGAGGAGGAAGAGGAAGAGGAAGAGUGUGAGGCGGGGGGGGGUCGCUUUAAAAAAAAAAUGGGAAGCACGGUGAUGGAGUCCAGCAAGGACCCCUCAAAGAACAGGCCGAAGCGAAGACGAAGUCUGCGGAUCAACAUGCCAGACUUUGGUGCGUUUUCUUCCCCACAAGCGGACACGAGCGGCUCCACCAAAAGCGGCGCUCAGACGGGGGAGCCCCGCGUGCGCUCGGCCAGCCCCACCGGAGUGGCGUCGGCGAGGCGCCCGGCCGGCGCUCCUCUGGUGCCGGGCUCUCGGUCUGCUCCAGUGCAGCUGAAGGCCGGCUCCAGCGCCCCCAAAACCAUCUUCCCCUAUCCCUCACACCAGGACUCCCCACCCAAGUCCCCCCGGCGACUGAGCUUCAGCGGCAUCUUCCGCUCCUCAUCCUGCUCCACACCUGCAAGCAUCAAAAUCUUCUCCAGAACCAGGAGAGCCUCUGGACUCUCCACGCCACCCAGCACCCCGACUCAGGCUUGCAGCCCACCUGUGUUCACCCAGGAGGCCCAGGCGAGCGGGCCGAGGCCCGAACGCCUCGAGGCCGUCGCUCGAUCCCGCUCGAUCUCCACGCCUCCGGACACGGGACAGCGCCCCGGCCUUCCCUCUGCCAGACCCCCGAUCGCCUGCUCGAGCCCCGUGCCCUCCCCCCCCUCGCAACAAGUCCGCGGUCCCUUCGAAGGCAUGCUGGAGAAACUCCAACUCGAUGAUGACGCUGCUGAACCUGAGAGCGAUAUCUACAUGCGCUUCAUGAAAUCCCACAAGUGCUAUGACAUCGUCCCCACGAGCUCCAAGCUGGUCGUGUUCGACACGGCGCUCCAAGUAAAGAAAGCGUUCUUUGCCUUGGUAGCCAACGGUGUGCGAGCUGCUCCGCUGUGGGACACGGAGAAGCAAAGCUUUGUGGGAAUGCUGACCAUCACAGAUUUCAUCAUCAUACUACACCGAUACUACAAGUCGCCGAUGGUGCAAAUAUAUGAAUUGGAGGAACAUAAGCUGGAGACGUGGAGAGAGGUUUACCUUCAAGCAACGUUCAAACCUCUGGUCAACAUAUCACCCGAUGCGAGCCUGUUCGAUGCAGUGUACACACUCAUCAAAAACAAAAUUCACCGCCUGCCUGUCAUCGACCCCGUCACAGGGAACGCACUUUAUAUUCUCACACACAAGAGGAUCCUCAAGUUCCUCCAGCUUUUUAUGUGUGAAAUGCCAAAGCCAGCCUUCAUGAAGCAGACCCUCGGGGAGCUGGGCAUCGGUUCGUACCACAACAUCGCUUUCAUCCACCCCAACACGCCCAUCAUCAAGGCACUCAACAUCUUUGUGGAGAGAAGAGUGUCCGCCCUGCCUGUGGUGGAUGAGUCGGGCAAAGUUGUUGAUAUUUACUCCAAGUUUGACGUGAUUAACUUGGCUGCUGAGAAGACGUACAACAACCUGGACAUCACGGUGACGCAGGCUCUGAAACACCGCUCCCAGUACUUCGAGGGAGUCAUGAAGUGCCAUAAGACGGAAACGAUGAAGACCAUCGUGGACCGAAUCGUCAAAGCUGAAGUGCAUCGCUUGGUGGUGGUGGACGCGCACUCGAGCAUCGAGGGCAUCGUUUCCCUGUCCGACAUCCUCCAGGCCCUGGUGCUCGGCCCCGCAGAUGCCUGUAAGGAGGAGACCCUGGGCUGAGUGAGAGGGAGGAAGCGCCGGCUGGAGUGGAGCCUGGGUGGAAGUAAAUACGUUUAGUGGUUGCGGUACGGCGCGUGAGGCGGAGCCGGGUGGAGGCCCCGGGAGCCCAGAAACGGAAGCACCGCUACCUGCAGACCAAAGAGCUCGACGGCUGAAUGAAGUGGACUUCCUGCGCUGAGGAUGGAUUCUACUGUGUUUUUUUUUUUUCCCUUUUCUGUUUGAACACACAUCAGAUGCGUGCACACACGUCACACUGUACUCAUACAUGGACUUAGAGAUUCAUUAUUGUCACUUGCUUGAUGGAAGGUGGGGAAAGUCUAGACUUCUUCUGCUUCUGAGUGCUGCAGUGUUUUGGGUUGUGUAGUUACAAUCAUGCCGCUGUUAACAGUGGAUUUCUUUUGUUGCCGUUCGUAGUCGAAAAUGAAUGUUAUCGCCUCCCAGGAAAAUAUCUCCACCAAUGUUUUUGGUGUACAAAGGUCUACAGUCAAAGAUGCAACUGAUAGUUUGACACUUUAUCCUGAAAUGUAGCCAAAAGUUCCAGAGACAAUACGGAGGGAUUGAUGCUUUUUGUCCCACCUACAUCUCUUGAAUUCAAAGGCAACAUUUGUCACUUUCAUGUAAUAAUCAAUAGACUGAUAGUAAUUCCACCCUAAUUUUCCCUCAUUGGUUUGUCGUUUUAAAUCAUGCCAGAAGUGUAAAGUGAAAAUAUUCCAAAUCAAGCUUUGGCCCAGAAACACGCAGUGGUUAGAGACAAAUACAACUUUGCUUUAAAAGGAUUUAGUCAGUGAGGACUUAUAACCCCCCAGACUGGUAAACAUCCAAAGCAACUGCUUAUCUCUGCUGUAGCUUGACAGGACUCAUCUCCAUCUUUGACUGUAAAUAGGUUAGUUUGUUUUGGGGAAACGUGUGACAUAAAGCUUUAUUUUUAUGAAUGUGUCAACGUGUUUAAAGAGACCGGUUUUAAUUUUAUUUUUGUAAAUAUAUUAUGGCAACAUGUCCAGUUCAAAGCUACAUAUCAGAUUAAAAUGUACUGUAAACGUGCAAGCAUCAGAAACUACACUUCAGCAGUACGAAGUCUUUUUGUUUUACCUUUCUAUUUUUCUGGCUGCAGAAAAAUAAAUGAUCACUGAAUGUACUUUAAAA